UUUUAUAUUUAAAGAUAGUCUGGAGAUUAGGGAUUUUAAUUGCGAAACCCUAAUCUCAACCCUCCGCCUUAAUCAAUGGCGGAUGAAGUCGUGUCUACCGUUUGCAUAAACGACACACUGACGGACGACGAGCUGAGAUCGGUUCUGGCGCGGCUAGACUGUGACAAGGACAAGGAAGUAUUCGGUCUGGUCUGCAAGAGAUGGCUGCAUCUGCAGAGUACCGAGAGGACGAAACUCUCUGCACGCGCGGGAUCGCACAUGCUCAACCGCAUGGCUGCCAGGUUCACUCGUGUGCUGGAGUUGGACCUCUCUCAGUCCGUGUCCAGGUCUUUUUAUCCCGGGGUUACCGACUCCGAUCUCGCCGUCAUCGCCGAAGGUUUCAAGUGCUUGAAGGUGCUCAAGCUGCAAAAUUGCAAAGCUAUUACUGAUAAAGGAUUAGCUUUGAUUGGUAGCGGUCUUCCUUCCCUACAGUCUUUGGAUGCAACAUAUUGCCGAAAGUUAACAGACAAGGGAUUGUCAGCUGUUGCUGAAGGCUGCCAUGACCUGAGAAGCCUCCAUCUGGCUGGCUGCAGAUUUGUCACCGAUGGAUUGCUGUUAGCUCUUUCUAGGAAUUGUAAGAAUCUAAUAGAGUUGGGCCUGCAGGGAUGUACCAACAUUACCGACUCUGGACUCGCAGAUCUCGUUGAUGGCUGUCAACUAAUUAGGUAUUUAGACAUUAAUAAGUGCAUCAAUGUUGGGGAUUUUGGGGUUUCCAAGGUUGCCGAGGCUUGUUCAUCGUCUCUGAAGACGCUGAAGUUGUUGGACUGUUAUAAAGUUGGAGAUGAGUCCGUAUUCUCCUUAUCCAAAUUCUGCAAAAAUCUUGAAACUCUUAUAAUCGGUGGUUGCCGGGGUGUGUCUGAUGAGUCUAUAAAGUCGUUGGCGGCAGCGUGUAAAAAUAGUUUGAAGAAUUUGCGGAUGGAUUGGUGCUUAAACAUUUCUGAUUCUUCAUUAAGAUGUAUUCUAAAACAAUGCGAGAACUUAGUGGUGCUUGAUAUCGGAUGCUGCGAGGAGGUUACAGAUGCUGCUUUUGAAAGUCAAGGAAAUGGGGAAAUUGAGUUUGGCUUGAAGGUUUUGAAAGUCAGUAACUGUCCGAAGAUUACAGUGUCGGGAAUAGGUAUGCUUUUGAGUCGAUGCAAUUCUUUGGAAUACCUUGAUCUGAGGUCUUGUCCUCAUGUAACUAAGGUAGCUUGCGAUGAAGCCGGAUUAAUUUUUCCCGAGUUUUGUAAAGUAAACUUCACUGGUAGUUUAAGCGAGCCUGACAUCCUCGUUUAAGAUGAAGCACUUAACUGUUGCAAGUACUUGACCAGGUAUUAAAGCCAAGUAGAGUGCCAUAGCAGGUGAGGGCUUUUAGCAAUUUCUUUCCGUGUCUUGUACAUGUUAUGCAUGAAGCUUGGUUGGGGUAAUGUUUGUUGUUUAUUAUUUUGGUCGUAUGUGUAUUUUGCAUGUAUAUUACUCUUCCCAUGACUUGGUGGAGUGAUGUAAUUUGUUCUUACAUCUCCAUUGAUUUGU